AUGUUUGAUAAAGUAGUAACUCUUACAAUGAAUCAGAGAGUUAAAGAUUCCAAUAUCUCACAGAAUCUCUUUCGAAGUUUAUUGCUUCGUCUACGCAAUGGAGAAUCCAUGAAAGAGGAUUGGAAACAAUUGCUGACCAGACAACCAUCCCAUGUUUCUAACCUUCAAGAAUUUCAACACUCUAUAAGAUUGUUUUAUAGUAAUGAAGAGGUUGCUAAAUUCAACUAUGAGCAUUUACUAGAUCUUAAACAGCCAAUCGCUCAAAUAAAUGCUAGGCAUUCAACUAACAAAGCAAAAGUGAUAAACUCCCAAGAUAUGUAUGGCUUACAACCAACAUUGCUUAUUGCUAAGAAGGCACGAGUGAUGUUGACAAUGAAUUUGUGGCCAUCAGCAGGCUUGUGCAAUGGUGUGACUGGAUAUAUCGAAGAUAUAAUUUAUGCACAAAGUCAAGAACCUCCUCUUUUACCCACUGCUGUUGUUGUUAAAUUUGACAACUAUAUUGGUCCAUCAUUUUCUACAACACCUUGUUGUGUUCCUAUUUCUCCGAUAACAGUCAGUGUAAACCUAAACAAUGUUAUCCACGAGCGACAGCAACUACCACUAACACUUGCAUGGGCUUUAACAAUCCAUAAAAGUCAAGGAAUGACUAUAGACAAACUCUGGGUUGAUAUUGGCAAGAAAGAGCAUUCGUUAGGAAUGUCAUAUGUUGCCUUAAGUCGCGUUCGAAAACUUUCCUCCAUGGUCAUCGAGCCAAUGCCAUUUGAUCGACUUAGCUCAAUUAAGAAAUCUGACACUCUCCACUACCGAUUAAUAGAGGAAAAACGUUUAGAAAACUUAGCCAAGAACCUCAUAAACAAGCUUUAG